AUGUGCGCAAAUCAUAUUUCGCUCACUAUUCCUGCAAUUCUUUCUAAGGAAUCUAGGACAUUAGCAUCAGGCUUUAUAGUUCCGAAUGAUUUUCAAUUCGAUUUGACAAAUGAACCAGGAGAUAUUUUUGCUCUUUUCGUUAAUAAAGUUAACCAGAGAAUUAGAACAAACUAUGGAGAUGCUUUUGAGUUUCCAGCACCACAAACACAUGUUGAUAUCUAUGAUUACCUUUUAUAUGCGCCCGUACAAUGCAAAAAUGUCAAUCGUAUUUCUCAAGUUAAUUUUGAAACCGCAAUCAUGGUUUGUAAGGCCAUUGUUUCAGGUGCAAUUCAAUAUGAACCUUCAUUCACAAGUCAGCAACAAGCGAAGUUUUACAAAUUCGUCGAAAAUCUGAAAGUUCAAAUGAUGAUCACUCCUCUUAUAUUUGAAAAUUAUGAAGAUGCUUUUUCAAAAAUUCCCACAAUGCAACGGGAGAUUGCGACAAUGCAACGAGAUAUUGCCACAAUUAAAAAUGAUCUCAGUAAAUUUGCAGAAACAAUCAAUAACUCAAUAAAUGACAUGUUACAUAGAAUACUUGACCAACAUGAAAGAAUAGUGGGUGAUUCCGUUUCAAAGAGUCGGCUUAUUGCUGCUUUGAAGCAGUAA